GAAUGUGUAACGCAUGCUUAGCCUUAAAACCUGCCAUCAAACAACUAUUUUCAAGCCAACAUAGAGCUAGUGUCAGUCAUGUCUGACGGUCCAGGGGGUUUUGAGAUGGAGGAGGAUGAUGAGUGCUGGGCACGGCUGGAAGACUACAGAAUGCUGCUUAUCAAGACCAUUGAGCCCUCAAGGAUAACACCUUAUCUGAGACAGUGUAAAGUGCUGAGCAGUGAGGAUGAAGAACAGAUCUACAACGACCCCAGUCUGGUUAUCAGACGCCGAAAAGUUGGGGUGCUGCUGGACAUAUUACAAAGAACUGGCCUCAAAGGAUAUGAGGCAUUUCUAGAGAGUUUGGAGCUAGACUACCCAGAUGUAUACCGCAAAAUCACCGGCAAAGAGCCUGCUAGGGUCUUCUCCGUACUUAUUGACACUGCCGGUGAGUGUGGCCUCACUCAGUUCCUCAUGAGCGAGGUCUCUCGCCUACAGAAGCUCGCACAGGACGAACGGAGGAAGCGACUCGAAGUGUCUGCGCAGGCGGCGGAGCAGCUGGACGCCAUCCGCCAGCUGCAGCUGUGUGAGAGCGAGCUGCACAAACAGCAGGACCGCGUGCAGCGCAUCCGAGAGGAGCGCGAGCGCACGUGCGCGGAAGCGCGCAAACUGAGAGACGAGAAUUACCGAUUGAUGCACGACUUGACCCGAUUAAGCGAGGAGAAGAACUGCGCGCUCAUGUGUAACAGAGACCUCCAGCUCGAGAUUGAGAAAUUGAAACACAGCUUAAUGAAUGCAGAAAGUGACUCAAAGAUCCAACGGAAAAAGACAAUAACUUUGAAAAAUGCCAUGGAGCAGAGGCCAAGUCCAGAGCUGAUCUGGCAGAUGCAGAGAGAAAAUGAGAUCCUCACAGCUCAUAUACAAGAGCUCGAGAGUGCUUCCAAGGUCCAAACUCUGGAGCACGAAAAGCUUGAUUCACAGUCAUUAGAGGAAUUCAAGCAACAAAUUCAGGCACAACACCAGGAACUGGUGAAUGAUCUCUACAAUCUAAGGAGAGACCUACAUGGUGCAGAAAAGUUGCGUGAUAAGUAUCGAGAGGAGAAGGAUGAGUUGGAACUGAAGUGCACAAUGCUAAAAAAGGACUCCAAAAUGUACCGUGACCGAAUGGAAGACAUUCUGAAGCAGCUGGAAGAGGUCAUCAAAGAAAGAGACAAGGCUAUUUGUACAAGAGAGGAGUACCAUUUGGAGAACUCCAAAAAUCUCCAAGACAAAGACCAGUACCGCAAACAGAUCCGGGAAAUGGGCGAGCGUUAUGAUGAACUUCAAGUCCAGUUGUUUCGAACUCAAGGAGAAGUUCUUGCUCUCCAUUCAAAGCUUCGCAAACAGAAAAACCCAAUUCAAGUGAACUCAGAAGAAAGCUCCUUGCUGAGUUCAUUUGAGAUGAAAAGUCAAACUAGCGAGGAGGAGUCCAGGGAAAGGGGUGAAAAGGAUAUGAGUGAAGAGUCACGGAGCCAAACAUCUGGCGAGUACAAUGUUGGUAUCUUUGUUGUGGAUGUUUAUGCAUGCAGUUAUAGUCGCUUCAUUUUCUAUGCAUAUUUGCAGUAUUCCGAGAGGAUGUUCUCUGAGGAGGAGAAAUCAGCUAACUGCAGACUUAAAGGAAAAUGCAACUUUUAUUAUAGGAGGAAACGUGCUUUAAGAACCAAAACAUUCACAGACAAAGAGAGUGCGCAGUGCAUCCUGGACAACACUUCUGGGAGUGAUACAGACGGGAUGUGACAUACAGCUUUGCACAAGGAGAUGAAAUGUGGCCUUCUUUGACAGCAUAUUAAAAUACAAUUUAAUGACAAUCCAACAUGUUUUGCAUCCAGUGACCCAUAAAACCUGAUUAUCAUUAUAUCAAUGUAAUCGUGUUCAGUGUCAAAGUAUGUCCAGUCAAUCACUUAUGUUAUCAUGAGUCUGAUCUGCCACAUUUCCUGUUAUCUAUUAAUAUACAUACAUCUUUUCAUGUAAAUCUUGUUCUCUUUUUUUGUUACAGAAACUGAUGUUUAAAAAUAAACAUACCCAAAACAUAUUCACUGAA